UAUAGUACCAAUUUCAUUUCAUCAACCUAAUCCUAUCUCUUACUCCUCACUCCUCACUCCCUAUCUAUCUACACUUCACCUUACUUACCUUACCUUACUAUCAAUUCAUUUAAAUGGCCUCUGUUUCAGCCACUUCUCUUACCUUUCAACCCUCUUUCAAUUUCUCUACAAGGACUAUUCAGGGUUCUUACAGAACUUCAAGUUUUGGGGCAGUUUCUGUGGAAUGGACGAGGAGGAGCUUUCCUUCUUUGAAAUCUUCUCGUUUCCGCAUUUGUGCAAUUCAGGCUAAACCUGAGACAGUGCAGAAAGUGAGCCAGAUUGUGAGGAAACAACUUGCUUUGCCUCCUGAGUCUGAGCUUACCCCAGAAACCAAGUUUUCAGCACUUGGUGCUGAUUCCCUUGACACAGUGGAAAUAGUGAUGGGUUUAGAGGAAGAAUUUGAUCUUAAUAUUGAGGAUGAUAACUCUGAAAACAUCACAACCAUUCAAGAAGCAGCCGAUUUGAUAGAGAAACUGGUUCAAAAGAAAGCUGAAGCUUAGUAGUAGAUGAUGAACCGUAUGGAAUCAAUUUGAGAGCUGAAGAAGAGUUGGGAUAAUCAUAAGCAAUUUUAUUUGGCCUUUCUUUUCUGUGUUUAUGCGGAUUCAUUAGGAAGCAAAUUGUUUUUUUUUUUUCACUAUUCUAUUGUAACCUCGUUUAACUUGCUAUUUGUUGCAAGUGGUGACAGAAAAUGACUCAUUUUAUGGACUCAAGACAAGAUAAGCAUGUCAUUGGGUUUUGUUGGGCAAUAUCAUAGGUAAUGUUUGUCUAU